UUCUGUGGGAAAAUGCAGUGAAAGUUCUGUAAGGUGGUAACAAUGUGGGGACAAUUUUUGCUACUUCAUCCUCAAAGGAGCCCUGUUUGGAAUAUUAGUGAUAAACGCAAAGACUAACUUGCCAAGGACAGAAGACAGUGUUAUAGAAAGGCUUUCUUUUGGUAGAAUUGUUAUCAUGUUUUAGGCUAAUUUUAGUGGCUAUAUUUGCCGCCCACUCUAGUGCAUGCCCACAUCCUAUGAAACAGUAAGUGAUGUUUUAAUAGGAUUAUAAUAUAUGUAAAAACAUAUCAUGUAUUUAGAGAUGAAAUAUCCAGGGAAAAUAUUUCCAUAGCUUACCAUUUCUUGGCAUUUCCUGUGUCCUAUCUGAUAUGUAUAUACACAAAGGGAACUUCAACUUGCAAAUGCUUCUAUUUGGAUUUCCAAAUAUGCAAUUUUUAACAUGUUUUAUUAGUGACAGAGCAAUAAAGGAACAACUUUGCAGCUAAUUUAACACCUAUAAAUUUCCCUGCAGUGUAAAAGAAAUGGCCUUGGCAGACCACAUGUCUGCUCAUAUUUCAAAGAAUAUUAAAUGUAAAUACUUCUAAAAUGCCCUAUAGUUAGAGUUCUCUUAUUCCAUAAAACACUUACAGGUUCAUUGUUUAUACUUUUAUAAAAAAUGGUACCUGAUUCUGAACAGACUUAUUAUGUGAAAAUUAUUUUUUAAAUAGCUAUAUUUGAGAAGUCAUAUAAAAGCUAGAUAAUUACAAAUCAACAAUUACAAUCAACCUGAAAAAUGUUAAAAAGACAUUGAUCAAAAAAUUCGAAAACGUAUGUCAACAUAAAACCUGCACAUAAACCUUUAUAGCACCUUUAUAACUGUAAAAACUGUAAGCAACAAAGAUGUCCUUCAACAGGUAAAAGGAUGAACAAACUGUGGUAUAUCAGUAUCAUGGAAAAUUAUUCAGUGAUAAAAAGAAAUAAACUAUAGAACUCUAAAAACACGUGAAUGACUCAAACACUUAUUGCUAAGUGAAAGAAGCCAGUCUAUACAGGCUACAUUCUAUAUGUUUCCAAUUAUAUUAUAGCCUGAAAAAGGUAAAACUAUAGAAAUGGUAAAAAGAUCAAUAACUGCCAGAGUUCCAGGUGGGGGAGGACAGAUUAGGUGAAGUCCAGGAGAUAUUUUAGGGCAGUGAGACUAUUCUGUAUCAUAAUGUAAUAAUGGAUAGUUAACACUAUGGAUUUGUCAAAACCCAUAGACCUUUACAGAACGAAGACUGAUCCUUAAUGCAUGCAUGAUAAAAAAACUAUAGUUAAGAGGUUGGGGUAUCGCAGGAUGGGAUGCAGAAUGUGAUAGAACAAUCUAACUGUAUUACAAAUGCACAAAACAACCUCACUGGAGCCUGGGGUAGAGGGAAAGGUGCUGACCUGAGCAACUUUGUAAAUGGAGCCUAUAAAACUGAGGGCAAAAGACACUGCACAUAAGCACCGUGUCCUAGUUGAUAAAAUUAUUUAUUGCAGGAUACGGGUUAACAAUUCUGACACUGCUGUACACAAAUGCUGGAACAGAACAACUAAAUGAGUGGCAGAUGGUGGGGACAGGAGAGGGAGGUUACCCAUCAGCAAGGGGAGAAGGUCAGAACAGUUCAUCUAGAAACAGAUUAGAGUUGGAGACGUCAACAUAAACUCAUGUGUAGCUUGAUAUAAAUAUAAUGGUUACAUAGAGAAAUACCUACAGAUGUGUGCACAUAGAUUACUAUAUGCACCUAUAUUUCCCAGCUCCAUCAGCAGAGAGGGCCCAGAAGUUAUGACACUCCAGAGGCAGUGAGUCCAUCUAGUGCCUGGGUCUGCGUUUCCAAUCCAUUCUCCAAUAAAAGGAACCAGCAUUCCUUGAGGACAUGGUUGAUUCUAGGACUGGGACAGGAAAUAUACAAGAUGAGCUUGGAGCUUCUUGUAGUGUCAGAAAGUAAGAAAAUGUUGGGGGAAAAAAACUAACACCUGAUGACGGUUUAUAUCAAAAGGACACAGGAGAAAACUAAAAGGACUCCCAACAGCCAAGGCUGGAACAAUUUGAGCAACAAAAUAACAUUUUUAAAGUACUAUUGGAGGGAAUUCCCUGACAGUCCAGUGCUUACGACUCCACUCUUUCACUGCCGAGGGCAUGGGUUCAAUCCCUGGUCGGGGAACUAAGAUCCCGCAAGCCAAACAGCCAGCCAAAAAAAAAAAAAGAAGGUACUAUUGGAUUAUAAUCCAAAGUAUAAAAUAAAAUAUCCAUGAGUUCAUACUGAUAUGAAUAAAUGAGGGAGAAUAGACACAUCUCAUGUGCAGAAGAAUUCCAAAAACUGUUCGCAGAUACUCAAGGAGGUGGAGCAUAUCCUGACUCCUCGGGUGUGGGCUGAACAGGCUGACUUCCUUCCAAAGGAUGUGGCAUGCAGUGGGGAGAAGACAACCAACUUUGCAGUGGAGAAACCUGACACACACUGCCACAGCCAGGAUCAAGGUCAACAUCCACUGUUAUGAGUCCGCUCCCAGGCCAAAAGCCAAAAUGAAAUUUAUAGUACUUGCUGUCACCGUUGGACUAACUUUGCUGCUAGGAGUCCAAGCCAUGCCUGCAAAUCGCCUCUCUUGCUACAGAAAGAUACUGAAAGAUCGCAACUGUCACAAUCUUCCAGAAGGAGUAGCUGACCUGACAAAGAUUGAUGUAAACAUCCAGGAUCACUUCUGGGAUGGGAAGGGAUGUGAGAUGAUCUGUUACUGCAACUUCAGUGAAUUGCUCUGCUGCCCAAAAGAUGUCUUCUUUGGACCAAAGAUCUCUUUCGUGAUUCCUUGCAACAAUCACUGAGAAUCAUCCUGUAUUCCAGACAACAACAUUCUUAAUUCCCCACAAACCACACUCUAACAGUGUAGCUGUAUUUCUGGUUCCUAUGCAGUGCAAUAAAGCACAGAUUCUAUAAAUUCUUACUUGCCUAAGUAAACUUGUGUUAAAUUAGCAGUAAUAAAAAUUCCAUUUAAUUUUUCUCUGUGGAAA